AUGUCUGAUAAACUCACGCGUAUUGCUAUCGUGAACAGCGACAAGUGUCGCCCGCGAAAAUGUCGUCAAGAGUGCAAAAAGUCGUGCCCCGUCGUUCGUAGCGGAAAGCUCUGUAUCGAAGUCCAGCCCGACUCCAAGCUGGCUUUUAUCUCCGAGUCCCUUUGUAUCGGUUGUGGUAUUUGCCCAAAGCGCUGCCCGUUUGAUGCGAUCAACAUUAUCAACUUGCCCACCAACCUUGAGAGUCAGGUCACCCACCGAUAUGGUCCCAACAGCUUCAAGUUGCAUCGUCUUCCCAUGCCCCGACCUGGCCAGGUGCUUGGACUUGUCGGUACCAACGGUAUUGGAAAGAGCACUGCCCUCAAGAUUCUGAGUGGAAAGCUCAAGCCCAACCUGGGCCGACAUGACAACCCUCCUGACUGGGAGGAAGUUAUUAAGCACUUCCGUGGUUCCGAGCUUCAGAACUAUUUUACAAAGCUCCUGGAGGAUGACCUCAAGGCCGUUGUCAAGCCCCAGUACGUGGAUCAAAUCCCAAGGGCCGUUCGAGGCCCCAACAAGAGUGUCCGAUACCUCAUCGAGAGCCGAGCCACGCUCGGCAACAUGGAAGAGAUGGCCAACGUCCUUGAGCUGAACCAUAUCAUGGACCGUGAUAUUAACCUCCUCUCUGGUGGUGAGCUCCAGCGUUUCGCUAUCGGAACUGUCGCCGUUCAGCAGGCCGAUGUCUAUAUGUUUGACGAGCCUUCUUCCUACCUCGAUGUCAAGCAGCGUUUGAGCGCUGCUCUAGUCAUCCGCUCUCUCCUCCGUGACAACGACUACGUCAUCGUUGUCGAGCACGAUCUGUCUGUUCUCGACUACCUCUCCGACUACAUCUGCGUUCUUUACGGCAGGCCUGCCGUUUACGGUGUCGUCACACUCCCCUACUCCGUACGUGAGGGUAUCAACAUCUUCCUUGACGGUCACAUCCCCACCGAAAACUUGCGAUUCCGUGAUGAGUCUUUGACCUUCAGAAUUGCAGAGACCGCCGAUGAGUUCCAAAUCGACAAGUCGCGUGCAUUCACCUACCCCAAGAUGGAGAAGACCCUAGGCAGCUUCAAGCUCAGCAUCGAAGCUGGUGACUUCACUGAUUCCGAGAUCAUUGUCAUGAUGGGUGAGAACGGUACUGGAAAGACAACCUUCUGUCGUCUCUUGGCCGGCGCCCUGAAGCCCGACAGCAAGAAGAGCGUCCCCGAGAUGCGAAUCAGCAUGAAGCCCCAGACCAUUACCCCCAAGUUCGAUGGUACUGUUCGCCAGCUGUUCUUCAAGAAGAUCAAGCAGUCUUUCUUGUCUCCCCAGUUCCAGACCGACGUUGUCAAGCCCCUCAAGCUUGACGACUUCAUUGACCAGGAAGUCAAGAACCUGUCCGGUGGUGAAUUGCAGCGUGUUGCUAUUGUUCUUGCUCUCGGUAUCCCUGCUGAUAUCUACCUUAUCGAUGAGCCCUCUGCCUACCUCGAUUCCGAGCAGCGUAUCAUCGCCUCGCGUGUUAUCAAGCGAUUCAUCAUGCACUCCAAGAAGACUGCCUUCAUCGUCGAGCACGAUUUCAUCAUGGCCACCUAUCUCGCUGACCGAGUCAUUGUCUUUGACGGACAGCCUGGUAUUGAUGCUCACGCCAACAAGCCCGAGUCUCUUCUCACUGGCUGCAACACCUUCUUGAAGAACCUUAACGUCACUUUCCGCCGUGACCCUACCAACUACCGCCCCCGCAUCAACAAGAACGGAUCUCAGCUCGACCAAGAGCAGAAGCUGGGCGGCAACUACUUCUUCUUGGAGGAGAACCCUGACCAGAGCUAA